GAAUCCACCACAUGCUUCUGAGCCCAGGUCAGAAGAGGGAGGGAUGAUAGUUUUAGCAUCACUACUCCAUCCUAUGAAUGGGUUUUGUUUGGCCUCUUGUUGUCGUUGCGCUUCGGGGUUCUUAUCCUUGGAUAAUUAGCAACAAUGCUGUGAUAAUCGGGUGUUAUCACCAUUUAAUUCAGUUCAUACCCCAGCUUUUUUUCGGGUCUCAAGCGGGAACAACUUAGCAUCAUUUCGCCCUGAACGUUAUGCCAACCGUUAGCAUCUAGCUAGCCAGCUAGCCCACUAGCAUGUAGCAGCUCCAGUCAAUGUUGAAACUAUCCACCUUAGUGGAAGUUUUAGUUUUUCAUUACACUAUAACAGACUAGUAAGUGUUUAUACGGACAAGACAUUUUAAAAUGGACCUUAAUUUUUACUCGGAGCUGUCGGAUAGUUGUCCUCAAAAUGUUGACUCGGAGUUUUUGGACACCCAAGCUUAUGGUGGAUACUCGGAGGAAAACAAGGUAAAGUUGAACCUGGUAGAAAAACUAGGAAUCCAUGAUGUUUAUGAUACUGGUGUUUUAUGUUACUUUGUGGUCUGCCUCAGUUUGCAGAAGGUGGAGACAGCUACCUGACCAUCAGUGGAGCGGGACACCCUUUCUUGUCAGCCGAGGUCAGUGUUUUCAAACAUCAUGUCAUUGCUGGCCCCAUCUGAUUUAUCUCAUUUCAGUUCACUUUAAUCAAACGAAAUAAUGCCAAACCUAAUCAAUGAGAUAUUUAGCAGUUAUAAAACGUCCUAUAAAACGCUUGAAAUUAGAGGUAAGUAAAAUGACAAAAGCAAACGGUUUAGCAAAACCAGUGGAAUAAGCUCACAUACAUAUAUGAUACAUUAAGGCCGCUCAUCUAAGGUAGAUAUAAUAUUCAGGAUUACAACUAUAAUCCUAAAACCAUGAUUAGUAAUCAUAAAUACACACUGGUUAGAUGAUGAGACCGCCAUCUCGAUAGAAACAGAACAGCCAGAGUCACAAAUUAGUGAAAAUGUAUAAUGGUCUCAGAUUUGGAGUCAGUCAGCUGCGGAACAUUUUCAGACAUUCAGAUUAACCCACUACUCUGUCUCUUUCCUCAUGUAGCAAACAUUUCAUACACCCAGUCUCGGAGAUGAAGUCUUUGAGAUUCCCCCCAUCAACCUGGAUCCAGACCCGACCCUGAGCAUCGGUGAUGCUGUAUCCCACUUUGAGCUGACAGAUGGGUCAGACAGUACUGGAGGACCUACAGGCUCUCGUAGUCUUGUUAGCAACCUGGUGGUUGGGGCCAAUGAUCCGUCUUUUGCCUCCACUUUUGUGAACUCUGGAUCUCAGAGCCUGGAGCAGCUGAACCUGGGGACCAUUGGGCAGGCUGGAGGGGGAGCCCUGCUGAGCUCCUCUGCACUGGUAAGUGAUCUACUUGUAUGCUCUCAAACAGAAUUGUGUUGUGGGUCAUUUGUUCUUUAUUAUAAAUACAUUAAGAGUAUUUCUCACCUUUUUUAAUCCCUCUACAGGAACUGGCAAACUCAAGUGGUUCACAUUUCAGCAGUUCCUCCCCCAUGACGAUUGACGUCCAGCUCGGAGAAAUUGGUCAAGGUCUUCUAGGUAGUAGUCACUUGACAACUAUUAACCAGUCUGAGCUCUCCAUGGGUCUUGGGGGGCAUUCAGAGCAGCCGUUGUCUGCUACACCAUCACCAGCUGGCUCCCUGCAGGAUGAAGACAUGGACGACUUCAAGGUGAGGGUGGCAUCACUUUUUGUUCACUGGCACUUUCGCUGAGGUCGUAAAAGACAAAUGCACAUUCAAAAAGGUUUCUACUCCAAAGAUUCAGACAGAAAAGGAGAAUAUUUAAAAAUAAUAUUGCUGAAAAUUGACUUUUUUUGCUUUCUGCCGCUAAUCACAUGAAUAAUAGUUUUUGAAAACAGAUAUAUUUUAGAUCCUGUAGCUAAUGCUCCCCUCCUCCUCCCCUUUGCCCCUUUCCUGCUCUCUCCUCAGAGGAGUGUCCUGGUAGACUCCCCAAUAGUCCUCGCAUCCUCUUCUGCAGUCACCCACAUGUCCCCCCACCAAGCACCAAUGUCCUCCAUGUCCCCGGCUACAGCCAGGAGAGGUGGGGGUAAGCCGGCUACACUAGCCUCAGUGGUUGCAGCUGCGGGCACCAGAAAAGGAAGGAAGAAGAAAGACCCGAAUGAGCCGCAGAAGCCUGUUUCAGCUUACGCCCUUUUCUUCAGAGACACCCAGGCAGCUAUCAAGGGCCAGAACCCCAAUGCCUCUUUUGGAGAGGUGUCAAAGAUUGUAGCGUCCAUGUGGGACAGCCUGGCUGAGGAACAAAAACAGGUGAGACAUAUUUCAUUUUUAUGACAAUAAUUGAACAUUUUAUGAAUGAAUGCAGUUAGUUGGGAGAUUCUCCUCCUGGUACAUUUUUUUAGCACUACCCAACCUUUUCAGCGUUUUCUUGUCCUCAUUCAUCCGUUUGAAACUUGUUGUAAACCUCAAAUUUAAAAUGACCAAAUAUGUUCCUUAAAAAACAUUUUUCAGUGUCAACAUUUUAAAUGCUGUCUUUAAAUUGAAUAUAGGCUUUAAAAGAUUUGCAAACAUAGACUGUAUAUAGAAUGGACGCUGUCUGCCUCCUCGCUGGGUGAAGCCACUGCGAGAACAGUGUCCUCUGGUGACGGGCUGCCGUAUAGGUCAUAAAUCCCACCUCCUUCAGCAAUCCCUAUGGAGUUGUGGACAAACUUUAGAAAUUAAUGACACAGAAUAUACAUUUUUCUCCCCCCUGGUUGCGAUGUUGACAUGUAGUUACUGUAAAACUGGUUUGCACUCAAGUCCUCUUUGUCCAUGUUUUCUAUAAUAGACACCUGAUACAGCCUAUAAGAUUUCGUAGCUCACCCGGGGGAUACACUGUUUGAGCCGAGCGUCAUCACAGCGACUCUAGGUGACUCUCCCGCUGAAUGCGUACAAUGCUACUGCGCAAUGUUGUUUUCAGGAAAUGGAGAAAAAAAAAGGGCUUUUUGGCUUCAAACUGGUGGAAGGUGGAACCAAGUUGUCCAUAGUAUAUACAGUCUAUGUUUGCAAAUCACUGAGAAAUGUUUCAGUCAACAUUUCAGACGGUAUCCCAACUAUUUGGGAAUUGAAAAUUUCUAACAUACGACAUGAUGAUUGAUGUGUUUUAUAGGUGUAUAAGAGAAAGUACGAAGCAGCCAAGAGGGACUACAUAAAAGCAUUGGCAGCUUAUAAAGAGAGUCAGCUCACACAGGUAAGAUCACAUUAUUCUGUUCUGAAAACCAAGGAUAAAUAAAUGGGGAGGAUUCUUGUAAACAGGCUCAUCGUCACUUUGCUUCCUGUCUUUAACACAGCCUGCCUCAGAGGAGAUGGAAACCACUCCUUCACCUCCGUCAUCAGUUGUCAACUCAACACCUGCAGCCCUUUCUACUUCAGGUCACCAAUCCCUCCACCUGGCUAACAACAGCCUAGAAGAGAACACAAUCACCAACAUUUGUGCCUCAAACAUCAUCCUUGACGUCCCUGAGAUGACUACACGUUCCCGUACGGGGGCAAGCAAAGCUCCAGCGGCUGCAGCUACCCCCACCCAGACCAUCACCAAGAUCAUAAUCCCAAAGCACAUGCUGCAGACUGGGGGUCAGGUAGUGACUGUGCUGCCUGGAGGGGUCCGUGCUCUGCAGCCGACUUUGGUUGUAUCAAGCGCCUCUCGUCAGCCACCUCCACUGCAGCAGAUGCAGAAUGCACCGCCUCCACCACGGCUGCAGCAAAUGGCACCAGCACCUCCACCUUUACAGGCCAAGCCCCGUGAGGGAAGCGCUACACCAGGGCUCCCCGUGUCCAUCACAGCUACACCUCCACCUCCACUCCAAAUAAAAAUAGUUCCCGCUUCUCUGCAGAGCAAAGACGCCCUGCCAAUUAUCGUCCCAAAUUCAGUGGCCGAGACUAAAUCUGCCAAGUCUGCACCUGUGUCGGUGCAGAUGGUAGGCUCAGGGGAUGGGCCGGGUCAUGCGGAUGAUGAUGAAGUUACAGAAGUGCUGCAUUCAGAAGAGGUAAAUUUUGAUAAUAUUGAAGCUGUACUGAGUAGCUGUACAGUUUGCUCUUGUGUUGGGUUUUAUUCUGACUGAGGUGAGCUGUCAGCUUCUCUCACUCUUUGCUGCGGGGCCUGUUCUGUGCUAUAUCAUGCCAACAGCUCUAAAUUCUAUCCACAUACAUGAUGAGAGAGGGAGAGAGGGGAAGUCCUAACCAUGUUAUUUUAGAGUCUAUUUAUGACAGAUGUGAAUCAUUCUCAUUUCAACAUUAAUAUAAUUUCCAGCAUGGAGUGUGCUAGCAAAACACUUUAAGUAGAACAAAAUGUGAAUCUUGGGAUAACGACUGUUGUGAUUCCGCACUAUAUCAGUAAAAAUUGAUUGAUUGAUUGAUUGAAAAUGUGUGUGAUGGCACAGCAUGUCUGCAUGAGGGUUAAUCUACAGCUGGAGCGGGAUUGAUGUAAUCCUUAAUUCUUACAAAAACAGGAUUGUUAAAAUGGGAUUUGGAAAUUGCCUUAAUCACUGAAGCGUUCAAGAACAGUGGUGUUUAUCAUCACACCAGUGCUAUUACCAUAAACUUUUAGUGAACAGUAAUAGUUUUACUUAAACCAAGUAAUCCUAUUGUAAAUUAGUUCCUGAGAAGUUUGUGAUGAACUUAUCUUGGCGUUUGUAGAGCUGUAUAUUAGACUAUUUCACAGUAGGGUUGGGAGAAGCAGUGGUCACAACUACUGUUGCCUUGGUGUUUCUUCAGUUUUCUACAGACUGACAAGAAAAGCCACAGUAAAAGUGUUCACACAUGACAUCUUGGGAAGUGAAAACUGCUGUGCGAUGAAAAACAAAAAACAAAGAAAUGGGCAGAGUGGAGGCAGUUAUUCACAGACGUCUUACCCAGAUAACCACGUGUGGUACAAACCUCAACAGUGGCCCUCAAAAGUUAGUGUUGUCAGAAUGACUGUGCGAAUUGUGACCAAAUUUGUCCAGGUAUGACCAAUUGAAGCAACUCAGUCUGCUGUCCAGAACAAAUUAUUGCAGGUAUUUUUCCACAACAAUCACAGUUGUGCAACACUUUGGUUAUUUCUGCUGGGCUCUAAAGUAUGUAUUUAGUUGUUGGCUCCGACGUACAUCUUUAUAUGUGCAGAACAAAACACAAUCAGUUAUAACUCAACAAACAGUGAAAGAAGCCGAAUACUUUGAAUGUUGUUUUUUCCCUUCACUUCGGAGAUAUGAUGUUUAGGGGUGUCCUGAUACCAUAUUGAUAUCAGAUAUUGGUCUGAUAUCAACAACAAAUUAAAUAUCGGAUUGUAUUGGCCUUCAUCUAAAAUCUCCGAUAUCAGCACUCCUAUACAAGCGGUACAUUCCAGACUCCACUCCAGCACCUCUAACUAGCAGUGCCCUGAUCCAGCAAGCUGAGCCCAUGUAAUCACAACAACAGUGUGUACUAAGGUACUAACAAGUAGCAAGGAGUAUGAGCGAUGUCGGCUGUGUGGCAGUAUUUUUCAUUAAAGUCCGAAAAAAGAUACAGCAGCUGAGUGCAAAACUUAUCAUGCACAAGUUUAUGCUUAUAUCGGAUCAAUAUCGGUAUUGGACAAUACUGAAGGCUACAAUAUUGGUAUCAUAUCAGAGGUAAAAAAGUUGUAUUUGGACACCCCUAAUGAGGUCUCCACUCAACAAACCUUUACCUGUGCUAAGAUAAUAUGUGGCUCUCAUCAGAUGUGCUCCUUCAAAUCUCAAAUGCUCCUCUUUCAGGAUGACAUGGAGGUCAAUGGGUCAGGUGACGGUGCCACUUUAAAAAGCAUGUGUGUGAGGACGGGCUGUAACAACCUGGCUGUGGAGAGUGAAGACUGGGACAAAGAGUACUGCAGCAACGAAUGUGUGGCCAAUCACUGCAAGUACGUCAACUGAUAAUGUUUUUUGUUUCUAGUAGACUUUGAAGAAAACAUGAUGAUUAUUUUAACCCAAUGACGUCUGUUUUUGAUCUUUCAGAGAUAUAUUCAAGGCAUGGUGCUCGAUCAGAAACCAGAACAUGGGAACAGUAAAAUGAAGGAGCUCCUCUCAGUCACAUCAGCAGAGAACUCGUGCAGCACAAGAAGAUUGUUCUUUUUGUUUUGUUUUUUUACCACAAUGUCAUAGUUCUCAUUGUUUUUGUACUUGUCUGAGUGUGACAGCUGUUACUCUGGAAACUGAAAAAGUAGUAUUUGUAAAUGGGACAGAAAUAGAACAGGGACUUCAUGUUGGUAUAUUGUGUAUAAUGCUCUAGUUGAUCAUCUUUACAGUUUUAAGCCAGUUAUCAAAAGACUUCAAGGCAGCUAGAGAAACGAUCAAGCCUUCACAGGUCAGUUUACACUUGUCAUGUUCAAACAGGGGAAAAGCCUUUUAUAAAACACUCUGGCAUAAAGAAUCAACAUUUCAAUCGUUAAUACUCAAGUUUAGAAAUAGGAUUUUACUGUGCCAAUUCCAUGGCUUCAAACUCGUGCUCUGAAGUGUUUGAAUGUUUCUUGACUUUUGCAACAAGUGAGAGGAACUUCUCCAGUUCUUUAGAUUCUCCGCCGAAAUAUGUCUAUGUCAAAGUUCGAGUCAGGGUCACGAUGUUGCCCUUUUUUGUUAUACAUUUAGUUCAAAACAUUUUAGUUGGUAGUACAUGCUCUGCCUGGAUUAUUUCUCAAUAAAUGAGCAGUUAUACUCAACCUGA